AUGAGCGCUGAAGAAUUCCUCGCGGACGCCGAAGGCGGCGCGCUGGCCGUGGACUGCCACGAUCACGUGUUGAGGAUAGCAUUUAUCUAUCUGGAUGAGGGGCUGUGGGACGGCAACGGCGUGUUCGAUGUCGUGGAGAAGCUGCACGCCCGCGGGUGGUCGUUUGGCGAGGGGGAGCUGAGGUUUAAUCGCACCCUGGAUAUCUUCUACCUCGCCCAGCUCGCCGCAGCCAUCUACCGCUCCUCCGCCCAACUCACCGGCGACUUCCCGUCCCCCUCCGACUUCCCCACCUUCUACGCCGCGCACGCCGCCCUCCUCCAUCCCGCAGCAUGGCGCGCCUACUACUCCCCCGCCUUCCUCGCGCACCCCACAACAGCGCGCUUCUACCGCCUCCCCAACCUCCAAGACCUGCCCGACUCCUCCUCCCCGCUCGCGCAGCCGCGCCAGAGCCUCCCCGCCGCUGCCGGCGCGCACGCCACGAAACCCCCCCGCUGGGCCCACAGCGUCGCGCGCACGCGCCGCAGACAGCCGUCCCUCCCGCUAGAGACGCUCACCCGCCUAGCCCUCCGCACGCUCGAGGCGACGACCGCGCGCCUGCGCGCGGCCCACCCCAGCGCGCAGCCCUACUCGGAGACGCAGGCGCGUUUUUGGCUCGAGCACAUGAAGCUCGGUUCGCCCGGGCCGUCCGGAUCAGGCUCCACCAAGGAGGCGUGGGGGCCGAACGGCUUCGGUGUGCUGGUCGCGGAGGGCGGGGUCGAUGUGUGUGCGUGGGAGGCGCGGUACUCGGCGCGGCUGUGGGAGGCGAGUGCGGCGGCGGGGGGGGAGGUCGCAGAGCCGGAUUUGGAUUUGGAUGGUGUGUGGGAGAGUAGUGUGGAGUGGUGUGGGGAGCCGGAUGGCGGGGUGGGGGUGCAGGCGUGGUGGAGGGGGUGGGAGGGGGAGGUGGGAAGUGAGGAGGAGGUGGAGUUUUUGGCUGCUGUUGCGGUGGAGGAGACGGCUGGGGUGGGGGUGGGGGAGUUGGAUUUUGCGGUGCGGUCGCAUGUGGUUUUGGGGGUGAUGCGGGCUGCGAUUGUGGGGGGGGAGGAGAGGGAGGUUUUGCUGGAGGAGAUGGAUAGGGGGAUGGUGGGGAAGGGGAGGAUUGGGGAGGGUAGGGCGGGGAGGUGGCUGAGGGAGGUUAGGGGGGUCGUGGAGCCGUAUGUGAGGAUGUGGGAGGGUGUGUGGCCUGGUGCGGAGGAGGAGAGGGGGGAGGUGCUACGGCGGAUCUUGCACGACUUGCACACUCUCCCCUACGUACAAGUCCCAAACGCCGCCUGGCAUCCCGUCCCACAAUACGCAUUCGUGGCCCCGCAAAACCCAUACUCAGAGCAACAGUCCCCAAACGCCGACCCCUCGCACGUCGCACCGCUCGGGUCGCUCGCCUGGCUGCAGAGCCCGUCCGUAGACACCUGCGGGCCGCUCGGGGAACAUGUCCCGAAAUCCGUCUGA